AUGGCACCCUUUUUAUUGAUCAGUCUUGCGAUUUGUUUUUCAGUUGGACCCAUUGCAAGCAGUUCGCUCACUUACCUUGACAUCAGGAAUCUGUUCAGAGCAGAACCUACGGUUUUUAAGUACAACUAUCGCUGGGAGAAGAUUGCAAGAAUCAUCUUCGAUACCGUUUCAACAGGCCUAGGGAUUACUGGACUCGUCGCAAUCGCGACUGCAUCCCAUUCAACAGAGAAGUACGUCUGGCUUGAUGCACUUGCCCGAAUACUUCAGAUUUUCAUUUCUCCCCCCUGGAUCAUAUGGGCGGUACAUCUGGUAGCGGUCUUAACUAUACUGGACAUUGCUUCCGCUGUUAAAGGCAAAAUAGUAUCUUCAGCUUAUGAGUCGGCACUGCUGACUCGUUUCGCUACUGCAUCACUUUUCUCUUCGGCACUGUCACACAAGCAAUUAGAGAUCCACAAGAACUCAGGAUCUGAGCACAGAGAUGAAGGAUAUAUGCGAUUGUUACAUACCUUCGUCUUCACGAACGCUGCUGCAGCAUCCAUCCAGUUUUGUGGCGCGUUCUUCACCUCUAGUUUCUCACUUGCCGAUGGAAGCAUUUCCCCUAAACUACGACAAGGCAUCUUUAUGCUAUCAUGUCAUCUCCCUUUCUAUACCAGUUGGAUAUGGCCGCUUUCUAAGCCCCUUCCAGAGGGACAAGGCUAA